AUGUCCCGCUUGACCCCUGACAGAGAUGCCUUCUCUAGAUUGGGUGAAAGCCUCACUCAAAAGCACUCCGAUGAGCUUUCAGCUCAGCUAUCAGUUUUCCAGUCCGUGCUAGUUAAUUUUGCUUUAGAACAUGGGGAGAGUAUUCAAACCAAUAGUGAAUUUCAGGCUAAGUUCACUCAGAUAUGCCAUCUGAUAGGUGUUGAUCCUUUGGAAUUACUUUUGAUUUCUGAGUCCAGGCUGAAGAAAAAGCCAAAUUUGUAUUGCGGGUUGGCUAUCAGGAUAGUGGAGAUCUGCCAAGAAACUAGCGAUAUCAAUGGCGGAUUGAUAUCCAUGAAAGAGCUAAGGUCCAGACUACAGCAGGAACUGAACGUGCCUCUUCAGGUAUCUGAAAGUGAUAUUAUGAAAGCCUUAACAACUCUCAUUGACUUAGGGGAAGGUCUCGAGUUAUUAACAAUCAAUAAAAAGAGGUGGAUAAGACAUUUUACCGCUGCCGGCAAGAAUGGUAUCUCUUCAGAUCAGCAAAAGGUUUACGCCUUGUGUGAAUUCAUGGGUGGGUUCGUAUCCUAUAGGCUUCUACGUGAUAAUUACGGAUGGGAUAGUGUGCGUCUGAAAACCGUGAUAGAUGAAAUGAUCAUGGAAGGUUUUUUGUGGAUCGACUCUCAAGGUGAAGAGGGGUGGACAUUUUGGGAACCCUCGUGGAUCUCAAAGUAA